GCACUUCUCCGAGUCGCCAGAGGUGGUCGCUGUUGUCCGGGAGACGCCAGAAGAGCCGGGAAGAAACAAGCAAGCCCGCCAGGACUUCUCUGCUCUUCUACGGUCAACACGGACAGGAGGACGCAGGUACGCUUCUGGAACUCACUUUUAAGUCUCUUUUGGUGCCACAUCUCGAGCUGGACGAAGAAGGAGAGGUCAUCAGGAGUGACACCUGUCAAUGUGCUGACAAGUGGAAGAAUCCACAAACGGAGGAGGGGGUUGCUGCAAUGACAAUGAGGUCGCUAUCACAUUAGAGUCGUGCUGGACAAUGAGCUGACGGAUCAGGCUUUUAGCUCAUUGCCCCUCAAUCAGCGGGCCCCGGUUCAAGCCCGGGGCGGCGCAAAGACGGGUUCCAUAUGUGCGGACGUUCAUGCACUCAGCUGUUGUGUACAUCGUGUGUGAGCGAGAGAGAGAGAGAGAGAGAGAGAGGGGCUGUCAGUGUGCGAGUAGUGUUGGAAGAAGCGGAACGCUCCUGAGAGCCGGACUGGUCUGGUCUUCAGGACACGUCGGUGGAGGCCGCUACCACUUUGGCACGAGCGCUAAGUGCGGAUUGGAAGGCGAGGGGAGGCGGCGGUGCAAUGCUGGUGCCCGCCUGGCAUGUGGUGCUGCUGCUGCUGAGUGGACUGGCAUCACUGAGUCCAGGGUCGCACGCUAACCUGUUGGACUCCAUGCUGCUGAGGAAUGGCUGGAAGGGCGAGUCGGAGCGCAGGACGGAGGCGAGCGGCGGCGGCGGCAGCAGUGGCGGCGCAGUAAGCAACAUGCUGUGGUGUCACUGCAACCGCCAUUGCCCCGAGGACUCCGUCAACAACACCUGCAUGACGGACGGUUACUGCUUCACGAUGGUGGACGAGGAAGGAGGCCUGGCGGUCUUCGUCACAGGCUGUUUGGGACUGGUUGGUUCCGAGUUCCAGUGCAAAGACACGUGGAACAGUCGCUACAGGGGAGCUCUGGCCUGCUGCAUGGACCAGGACUACUGCAACCAGAAGCUCCAUCCCACCCUUCCUCCUCUCCAGACGCCAGAUUACGUGGACAGCAGUAGUCAAUACUUGGCUCUGCUCGUCUCCAUCAUCGUGUGCAGCCUCUUCCUCUGUGUCGUCCUCAUCAUCUGCUGCCUCAGGUAUAAGAGGCAGGAGUCUGAGCCGCGCUACAGCAUCAACCUGGAGCAGGGCGACACUUACAUCCCACCUGGGGAGUCGCUGAAGGACCUGAUUGAACAUUCUCACAGCAUGGGAUCAGGAUCAGGAUCAGGGCUCCCUCUGCUGGUCCAGCGCACCAUCGCCAAGCAGAUCCAGAUGGUGAAGCAGAUCGGGAAGGGUCGUUACGGCGAGGUGUGGAUGGGGAAGUGGCGAGGCGAGCGGGUGGCGGUCAAAGUCUUCUUCACCACGGAGGAGGACAGUUGGUUCAGGGAGACGGAGAUCUACCAGACCUUCCUCAUGCGACACGACAACAUCCUGGGCUUCAUAGCGGCCGACAUCAAAGGCACGGGGUCUUGGACUCAGCUGUACUUGAUCACUGAUUACCACGAGAACGGCUCGCUGUACGACUACCUCAAGUCCAACACGCUGGACGUCAACGCCGUGCUCAAGCUGGCCUACUCCUCCGUCUCGGGCCUGUGUCACCUGCACACCGAGAUCCACGGCACGCAGGGGAAGCCCGCCAUCGCCCAUCGAGACCUCAAGAGCAAGAACGUUCUGGUCAAGAAGAACGGGACCUGUUGCAUCGCCGACCUCGGACUGGCCGUCAAAUUUAACAGCGGCACCAACGAGGUGGACAUCCCCCCCAACCUGCGCGUGGGCACCAAGCGCUACAUGCCCCCUGAGGUGUUGGACGAGAGCCUGAACAGGACCUACUUCCAGUCCUUCAUCAUGGCCGACAUGUACAGCUUCGGACUCAUCGUGUGGGAAAUGACGCGGCGCUGCAGCAGUGGAGGUAGUGGAGUGUCGGGAGGAGGAAGAAGAAGAAGAAGAAGAAGACGUCCCACUUCCUGUGUGACCUUGUUUGUCCUGGCAGGCAUGGUGGAGGACUACCAGCUGCCUUACUUCGACCUGGUGCCCACUGACCCCUCCUACGAAGACAUGAGGAAGGUGGUCUGCUUCAAGAAACAAAGACCGGCUUUUGCCAACCGCUGGGGCAGCGAUGAGUGUUUACGACAGAUAGGAAAAGUCAUGUCUGAAUGCUGGGCUCACAAUCCCGCCUCCCGCCUGUCGGCCUUGAGGGUGAAGAAGACCUUGGCCAAGAUGUUGGAGUCCCAAGACAUCAAACCGUCUCACAGCGACACAUGAGAACACGUUUAAGGAGGUCUUGGACUUGUGACGCCACGCUGCUUUCUGUGAAAGCCAAAGAAAGACUGCAGGAGGUAUUCUAAAGCAGUAUUAUAUUAUUAUUAUUAUUGUCAUCAAAUGCAGUCUUUUGUACUGAACCUGUUUUAUUUGACAUCAGUGACCUCAUUAGGGAGCAUUUUCUUACCGACUUGAACUCGAUUGGUUGACAAAUUAAAACAUUUAAAAGGUC